AUGGCCGUGCAGGAAUCUGAGGGCCACAGACAGUACGUCUGGCAGGUUAUGGAGACGCAGAUGGGGACGCCGGGUUGUAACUUGGCGCAACCAGGCAGCAGAAGUUGGUUGCCCAUGUACAGUGCUGUGGAUAAGACCCCGGUCAAGUUGGAGAUGGAUUCGCACGUGUCGCCCUCUUGGUGGCGUCGCGGCGCCCAGGAUCAGUGGCAGUAA